UCUUGCUUCCAAGACUUCCUCUCGCUUCUCCCCCCUGGGUCUCGCUGCUCGUAUUCCCUUUUAUCCCUCGUCCCCCCCCAGACCCUUAGUAGUGUCUCUGUCUGUUUUGUUUCUCCCUACUUCCAACUGACUUGCCAGUGAGGCAUUUUUUGACACGCGCCCGUGUGCUAUAUUAUUUAUUAUCCGUAUUUGUUGUCCUUUUCCCGGUCUCACCGCGUCUUUUCCAUCCCUGAUCUUCCCCCCCGGAUCAACCGAAAAGACUUGACCCUUUGGACUGUCUGCCUGCCCUGUUCGUUGAGGGAGAGCCUCAUCGUCUGUCUUGUCUUGAAUUCUUGACCCUUUUCCGCCGCGUCCAAGAAAGGGACAAGAAAGAUUUUUCUUGGCAAUGUCGGAACACCAAGACACCACCACUGCCUCGACCACGACGGCUCCCAUUGCCGCGUCGACCGCGCAGGAACAGCCUGCAUCGCAAGCCCCUGCCCAGGUCUCGUCGGCGGCUUCAACAUCCUCGGUGACAGCCACUGCUGCCGCUGCGACCGCUGCCGUGGCCAAUCCCCAGGUCAACGGUAACGCUGCUCGCCCCAGCGAAGAACUCUCUUGCCUGUGGAAUGGAUGCUCUGAAAAGUGCCCAACUCCCGAGUCUCUCUAUGAACAUGUCUGCGAGCGUCACGUUGGCCGUAAAAGCACCAACAACCUUAAUCUGACUUGCCAAUGGGGAAGCUGCCGCACGACGACGGUGAAGCGCGAUCACAUCACCUCCCACAUCCGAGUACAUGUGCCCCUGAAGCCGCACAAGUGUGAUUUUUGCGGGAAGGCGUUCAAACGCCCUCAGGAUUUGAAGAAACAUGUCAAGACCCAUGCAGAUGACUCCGUUCUGGUUCGGUCCCCGGAGCCUGGUGCGCGGAAUCCCGAUAUGAUGUUUGGUGGAAACCCGGCGAAAGGAUAUGCUGCUGCUGCACAUUACUUUGAGCCGGCGCUCAACCCCGUCCCAAGCCAGGGCUAUGCUCACGGCGCUCCUCAGUAUUACCAGUCGCACCCUCCGCCCCAACCGGCGAACCCGUCAUAUGGGAACGUCUACUAUGCUCUGAACCACGGCCACGAGCCGGGUCACGCAUCGUACGAGUCCAAGAAGCGCGGAUAUGAUGCUCUGAACGAGUUCUUUGGCGACCUGAAGCGUCGCCAGUUUGACCCCAACUCCUACGCUGCCGUGGGCCAACGCCUGCUCGGUCUCCAGAGCCUGUCUCUCCCCAUCCUGAGCGGUGGUCCCCUGCCUGAAUACCAGCCCAUGCCUGCGCCAGUCGCCGUUGGUGGCGGAGGCUACAGCCCUGGCGGCCACCCUCCGGCGCCCGCCUAUCACCUGCCCCCCAUGAGUAACGUGCGCACCAAGAAUGAUUUGAUCAACAUCGACCAAUUCCUGCAGCAGAUGCAGGAUACCAUCUACGAGAAUGAUGAUAAUGUGGCAGCUGCGGGCGUUGCCCAGCCGGGCGCUCAUUACGUGCAUGGUGGCAUGAGUUACCGCACGACUCACUCGCCUCCUACUCAGCUGCCUCCCAGUCAUGCCACGGCCACCACCUCGGCGGGCCCUGUCAUGACCAACGCGGCAGCACACUCGCCUUCCACCGGCACUCCCGCCCUGACGCCGCCCUCCAGUGCACAAUCGUACACUUCGGGUCGGUCGCCCAUCUCUCUUCCCUCAGCCCACCGCGUAUCGCCGCCUCAUCAUGAAGGUGGUUCGAGCAUGUAUCCGCGGUUGCCGUCGGCUACGAUGCCCGACACCAUGACCGCUGGUUACCCAACCGCAUCGAGUGCGGCGCCGCCGUCUACGCUGGGCGGUAUCUUUGACCAUGAUGACCGCCGCCGCUACACCGGUGGCACGUUGCAGCGCGCGAGACCCGACGACCGGCCCCUGGCUGAGCCCAUGGACCUGUCCGAGGACAAGGAGGACGGCGAGCGGACCCCGCCCGCCAAGCCUCGUCCCGCGUCUUCGUCUCCCGGUCGCAUCUCCGCCAGCCUCAUCGACCCUGCUCUGUCGGGGUCGUCGUCCACCGAGGAGGAGGCAACGCUUCGCACGGCCCAGGCCGCCACGGAGGUUGCGGAGCGUUCGGACGUGCAGUGGGUUGAGAAGGUGCGUCUCAUCGAGUACCUGCGCAACUACAUUGCCUCUCGUCUUGAACGGGGCGAGUACGAGGGACUGCUGCACCAACAGAGCGGUUCCCACUCGCCGGAAACCGGCCUGGACGAGCGCAUGGAAGGGGUUGAGCUGGAGUCUCCUGCCAAGUCGGAGGAACCGCCAUCGAAGCCGGAGACCAGCGGCGACCAGGUGAUGUACCCGACAUUACGGGGAGUCGACGACGAUGGCGAUUCGAAGAUGCCCAACUGAUGCCUGUCUUUUGUUCUUUUGAUGCCCUCUUACGACUCCGGAGUUAAUUGAUUCCAAUUUGAUUCGUCGCUCUUCCUACAUAGUCUAUUCCCUGUCCACUUCACUGUGGAAUUUUACCCUUGUCCGUGACAACCGUUUACUUAUUCCGAUUCUUAUUAUUUUCUUUAUUCUUAUGCCCUUCCCCCCUCCAUCUCGUGUGUUUAUUCCCACCCUUGUAUGUUCCUCCGGGAAAGUUGAUUUUGGGUUCGAUACGGUGUUUCUAUUCCUGUACAAGUGGGGUUCUUUCUUAUUUAUUUUUAUUUAUAUUUUUUUUCUAUCAUCUGUUUGGGAAUGAAAAUUAUUCUCUGCUACUCUUCCAUU